AGUCUAGCUUCUCGGUGCGAGGCGGCGGAGAGCGAGGCCUGGUGAGCACCGCCGAGGCGCGGGCCAGCUCUUCGAGGUUGUGCGCGGGAGCGGCACGGCGGGCGGGCGAGCGAGGGGCUCACUUCAGCGGUGGCACCGGGAUCGGUUGCCUUCAGCCUGAAAUCAUGACCACCCCAGGAAAAGAGAACUUUCGCCUGAAAAGUUACAAGAACAAAUCUCUGAAUCCUGAUGAGAUGCGCAGGAGGAGGGAGGAAGAAGGACUGCAGUUACGAAAGCAGAAAAGAGAAGAGCAGUUAUUCAAGCGGAGAAAUGUUGCUACAGCAGAAGAAGAAACAGAAGAAGAAGUUAUGUCAGAUGGAGGCUUUCAUGAGGCCCAGAUUAAUAACAUGGAGAUGGCACCAGGUGGUGUCAUCACUUCUGACAUGAUUGAAAUGAUAUUUUCCAAAAGCCCAGAGCAACAGCUUUCAGCAACACAGAAAUUCAGGAAACUGCUUUCAAAAGAACCUAACCCUCCUAUUGAUGAAGUUAUCAGCACACCAGGAGUAGUGGCCAGGUUUGUGGAGUUCCUCAAACGAAAAGAGAAUUGUACACUGCAGUUUGAAUCAGCUUGGGUACUGACAAAUAUUGCUUCAGGAAAUUCUCUUCAGACCCGGAUUGUGAUUCAGGCAGGAGCUGUGCCCAUCUUCAUAGAGUUGCUCAGCUCAGAGUUUGAAGAUGUCCAGGAACAGGCAGUCUGGGCUCUUGGCAACAUUGCUGGAGAUAGUACCAUGUGCAGGGACUAUGUCUUAGACUGCAAUAUCCUUCCCCCUCUUUUGCAGUUAUUUUCAAAGCAAAACCGCCUGACUAUGACCCGGAAUGCAGUAUGGGCUUUGUCUAAUCUCUGUAGAGGGAAAAGUCCACCUCCAGAAUUUGCAAAGGUUUCUCCAUGUCUGAAUGUGCUUUCCUGGUUGCUGUUUGUCAGUGACACUGAUGUACUGGCUGAUGCCUGCUGGGCCCUCUCAUAUCUAUCAGAUGGACCCAAUGAUAAAAUUCAAGCAGUCAUCGAUGCAGGAGUAUGUAGGAGACUUGUGGAACUGCUAAUGCAUAAUGAUUAUAAAGUGGUUUCUCCUGCCUUGCGAGCUGUGGGAAACAUUGUCACAGGGGAUGAUAUUCAGACACAGGUAAUUCUGAAUUGCUCAGCUCUGCAGAGUUUAUUGCAUUUGCUGAGUAGCCCAAAGGAAUCUAUCAAAAAGGAAGCAUGUUGGACGAUAUCUAAUAUUACAGCUGGAAAUAGGGCACAGAUCCAGACUGUGAUAGAUGCCAACAUUUUCCCAGCCCUCAUUAGUAUUUUACAAACUGCUGAAUUUCGGACAAGAAAAGAAGCAGCUUGGGCCAUCACAAAUGCAACUUCUGGAGGAUCAGCUGAACAGAUUAAGUACCUAGUAGAACUGGGUUGUAUCAAGCCACUCUGUGAUCUCCUCACAGUCAUGGACUCUAAGAUUGUACAGGUUGCCCUAAAUGGCUUGGAAAAUAUCCUGAGGCUUGGAGAACAGGAAGCCAAAAGGAAUGGCACUGGCAUUAACCCUUACUGUGCUUUGAUUGAAGAAGCUUAUGGUCUGGAUAAAAUUGAGUUCUUACAGAGUCAUGAAAACCAGGAGAUCUACCAAAAGGCCUUUGAUCUUAUUGAGCAUUACUUCGGGACGGAAGAUGAAGACAGCAGCAUUGCACCCCAGGUUGACCUUAACCAGCAGCAGUACAUCUUCCAACAGUGUGAGGCUCCUAUGGAAGGUUUCCAGCUUUGAAGCAAUACUCUGCUUUCACGUUCCUGUGUCAGACCAGGCUACCCAGUCGAGUCCUCUUGUGGAGCCCACAGUCCUCAUGGAGCUAACUUCUCAAAUGUUUUCCAUAAUACUGUUUGCGCUCAUUUGCUUGCCUUGCGCAUCUGCUCUCUUACACACAUCUGGAAAACCUCCGGCUCUCUGUGGUGGAAUACCCUUCUAAUAAAAGGGUAACCAGAACGGCCCACUCUCUUACGGAAAAAUCCCUAGGCUUUGGAGAUCCGCACUUAUAUUAGAGUUAUGGGAAUAUACACAUAUUAAUGUGGCUCCCUUUUUCUUGUGGGGGAAUAAAAGAGGACUCCUCCUCAAUCCCUUUAACAUGGGGGAAAAAACUGACAUUAAAAGAUGAGACUAAAUCUUUAUCUUGAAUUUUACACAACUACUUACGACAAGGGAGAUGUUUAGACCUGUUGUGUAUACUUCAGAGUACUUUUCAUGAGUUCUUCCACAGUGAACCCUUGGAUUACCUGGUGGCUUUUUCUAGCCAGAUUUGCAUUAAUCCUUACUGAGAUUGGAUGGUUUUCUUUCCUCUAUUGGCGCCGUUCUUCAGAUAUUAAAGUUAAACCAUCCACUCCCUCACCUUCAGCCUUCAGUGAAUGUGCUUUCUAGUUGUCAGGAAUGCUGAAGAAUUAACACUUUGACUCCUAAAUGUGAUACUGGUUUGUAGAUUCCCUUAGAGCAGAAAGGAGAGGGGCACAUAUUAAUUUGUAUCGCUUUUGCUUCUCUUUGGUCUUUUGUGUCUUAGAAUUUGGAAGUGGUUCAUUUCUGUUGCUGGUAUGAGGAUUUCGAAUACUUAGUAAUCGAAAACCAUAUCCUGUAAUUUAAUAAAAAAAAAAAACUAAGGAAGAAAAAAACCCUCCAAUUUUCCCAAAUGCAAUCAGUGUAACUAGGGACUGUGUUUCUGCAUUAAAACAUAUGUUUCAGGCUUUGUGGUCCUGAUCAAGGUCCUCAUUAAAAAAUUGGAGUUCACCCUAGGUGCUUUUCCCCUCUGUGACUGGCAGAUAACACAUACUUUUGAAAGUAACUUUGGGAUUUUUUUCUUAGGUGCAGCUCGAUUCUAAUCUUUUCAUGCUGCACACGAUUCCUUUAAUGUAGCAUCCUUAUCUGAAAGAAAUAACCAUCUUCUCAACAUGACCUGCUUAACCCAAAUAAGAACAGUGAUCUUAUAACCUCAUUGUUCCCCAGUCAUUUUAUUUCAUCUCCUGCUAGUACUGUGCCGCUUUCCCCUCCCCCCACACAAAAUAAAAACAGUAUCUGCCUUCUGGCUCAUUUAAUGAUGACUGCAAUCUGUACCUGCAAAUGGCGCUUCCAGUACUGUGUUCAGUGAUCCACAUUUGUGCUUGGACUGGAAUGAAAAAAUACGCUUAAUUGCCAAGAGAACUGCAAAUGAGUUCAAUACGACUUCUCGGUGCUAGUUGGCCAUCUUGACUCAAUGUUGGGAUACACUACCAGAGAAGAUUUUUUUGUUGAUGUGCUGUUCAAAGUGAAUUCUGAAGGAAAAGUUUGCUCACCUCUGUUUCAGAGCAUACCCUUUUAAACCUUUUUAGACUUGUCCUCUUCUAGAAUUCAUUAUAACCCCAAAGUGUAAAAGCUAUUUGGAAGUUGCCCCUGACAAGCUAUUAUACAUCUCUGGUAAAUCCUGCUGAAUGUAAGGGAUAUUCAGAGCUUUUCAUACCUCAUCAUGAUGUUAUUUAAGCAGCCAACUUAUGUGACCUGAUUUAAACUUUUAAAAAAUCCACUUCAUUCAAACUAGAAAGAGUCAAAGACAAAGGACAAUAAUCAGCCAAGAGUGUGACGCAUUCUUCGCAUCUAGUCUGUAGUAGUGUCUGUGCUCUGGGAUGGAUACCGUCUGAUGUCUGUUUGUUAUUGAUGGAGCAGCCACUGCAAAACUAGUCAACUCCCAUCUAUAACUGUUACUUUUUCUAGUGCUGCUUUGUGCUGAGAGAACAUUUUAGUUUACUGCACUUGACCUGUAAAAGACUUUGAUUCUUUGUAAUUUUAGGGAUAAAUUAGGUGGUUAAUUUAAAGAAGAAAUUUCAAUGUUGCCUUUACAUCACAUUAAAAUAUAACUUCUUUCAGAAGGAUAAUAGAAGCACUGAUUCAUAGUAAAAAUCUUGUUUUUAGCUUUGA